AUGUUGAAGACGAUGCAGAAUGCAUUGACGUGGGCCGGCAUGGCACGCGACGUCGAGAAGAACGUCCGCAGCUGCCUCAUUUGCACAAAGAACAAACAUCCUACUGUCAAGUACGGCAAGCUGCCGGAGAAGACUGUAGUGACGAGACCAUGGUUCGAAGUGGCGAUCGACUCCAUCGGACCGUACGGCAAACAAAAAUUCGGAGUUUACACAAUGGUCGACACCACCACUCGACUAGUGGAAAGGCAAGCAGUGGCCGACGCAUCCAGCGACGAGACUGCCUACCUCUUCGACCGACUUUGGUUGUGCAGAUACCCUCGCCCUGGCCGUAGCUACGGCAUCACAGCAGAAUCGACAACCACACGUAACCCGCAGGCCAGCAGCAUCAUCGAACGACUGCAUCGCCACGCUCGAAAGAUAGAACAAGUGCGAAAGAACAACCUGCGCGAGAAUGCAGGGCGACGUGCGUGGGCAUACCAGCCAGGAGAUCGUAUCCUACUGAAGCGCGACGGCAACAUCAACUCCAAGUUGACGACGUUGUACGACGGCCCGUACACUGUGCUUGCCGUUCGCGACAACGGAACGCUGGUAAUUGAUAAGGGGCGAUACACCGAGACGGUUCACAUCCCCCGUGUCGUCCCUUACAAGGACCAGCGUGGGGAAGACUGUGAGCUGCCAGAUAAGACGCAACGUGGAGACUCACGCAAGCAGACAACUGCUUGA